AUAUCCACCACAUCUUCCGAUCAAAACAGUUCUAGCAUCGAAUUCCCAAAUCAGAUUCCUUUAUAGUAUUCAAUACAUAAUUAUUCGAUUGAUCUAAGUAUCCAGUUCUUUCUGAUUGUUUCAAUUUUGCAUGUUUUUGAAUUGGGGAAAUUAGAAACGAAUUAGAUGAAUACAUCGCAGUUUAUGGAUAAGCAGAUCAUGGAUCUAUCGAGUUCUCAAAACAAAAACAACGCAGACAAAGAUUUCAUGGAUCUGAACAGUCAUCCACCUCAAGAUGACCACCAUCAUCACCAUGACGUCGGCGGCGGCGAUGAUAAGAAGGAUGAGAUCUUGCCUAACUAUGACUUCCAGCCUAUCCGUCCGAUCGCGACAUUGCAGCCGGCUAAUUUUGAUUCCAGCAACGUUGGUGGAACUAGGGUUUGGACCUCAGCUGAAUCAAAGACCAAUUUUGGCACUCGGAACUAUGGUUCUCUUGAUUCCUCUGAACCUUCUAAGGCCGCCAUGGAGAAGGAUCGUACUAUCUGUGAUGCAGCUCUGAUAUCAGAGAUUGACAGAACGAUGAAGAAACACACUGAUAAUCUGAUGCACGCAUUGGAAGGUGUCAGUGCACGACUGUCGCAACUCGAGAGCAGAUCUCGGAACCUGGAGAAUUCUGUGGAUGAUUUGAGAAUAUCUGUCGGUAACAACCAUGGAAAUACUGAUGGGAAAUUGAGGCAGAUCGAGAACAUGAUUAGAGAGGUACAGUCCGGUGUACAGGUUGUGAAGGAUAAGCAAGAAAUACUCGAGACUCAGCUGCAGCUCUCACAAGUUCAAAUCUCGAAGGUUGAACAGCGACCGGAACCCCAAAUUGCCGGUCAUAUUGAAUCUUUGCAGCAGCAGCAGCAGGCGGCAUCCGUACCUCUACAAUCUCAUCAACAACCAUCUCCUCCCGCCCUUCCACACCAACUUCCGCCUACUCUUCCUAACGCUCCACCACAGAACAUGACCCCUCCGGUCCACCAUCCAAACCAAUUUCCUCAGAAUAUAAUUCCCAUCUCCCACCAUGAUCCUUACUACCCACCACCUCAAACUGCAGAACAACCACCACAGCAAUACCAACUUCCGCCACCUCAACUUCAACCCCCUAAGGUGUCACCACCAUCACCGCAGCCACAGUAUCAACCACCACCAACUCAUAUGCAAUACUCUCAACCACCUCCAAUGUCUCUCCAACACCCACCUCACUCAAAUCCCAAUCCCUCCCAGAAUCAGCUGCCACCGAACCACCAUUCCGAAGAACCACCUUACUUAUCAUCUCAGAGUUAUCCACCGAGUAUCCGCCAACCUGGGGGUGGCCCCCCGACACAGCAAUUUCAAGGGAACCCUUCCCAAAUGUAUGAACCACCAUCCGGCAGGUCUGGUCCAGGGUUUUCCAGCCAGUAUGGACCAUCACCUGGGUUCAGUGAACCCUACAAUUUCGGUGGUUCUCAGUACGGAAGUGGACCUGGGUCACCUAUGAAAUCCCAGCAACUUUCUUCACCUGGCAGUGGAAGCGGCUACCCGCAGCUUCCUACCGCUAGGAUAUUACCUCAGGCCCUUCCUACUGCUGCGACAGUUGGUGGUGGUGGUGGUGCUUCUAGUUCUGGUUCUGGUAACGGUGGGAAUAGGGUUCCGAUUGAUGAUGUGGUUGAUAAGGUGACGAAUAUGGGAUUUCCGAGAGAUCAGGUAAGGGCUACGGUGAGGAAGUUGACGGAAAACGGACAGGCGGUGGACUUGAAUGUGGUGUUGGAUAAGUUAAUGACGGAUGGGGUGGAAAGCCAAGGACCAAGGGCUUGGUUUGGUCGUUAACCUUUUGCUGUUUUUCUUCUUUGGGUUUUAUUUUGGUUUCUGAUUUUAUGUACAUAAUUUGAACCACUUUGCCUUUUCACUUUUGUUAUAUGGAACUCCUUUUAUCAUUACCUUCCAUUUUUUACUUG